AUAGUUUUUACGUUGAUUUGAGGAGGUGCUUUGUGGAAUUUGAACGGUUGACUGCUGAGAACUGAGGAAUCCAUUUGGAUUAAUACUAACUGCCUAACGGCCAUGGUGAUCGCGCAUGUUGCUGGAACACCAAUGUCUUCAUCUUCCUUUGCAUGCAAAAAUCAGCCCAUUUCUUCUUCUGUCCCACAACUUCAGAAAAUCUCUGCAACUGCCCCUUCAUCAGCAUCAUCAAGAACAUCUACAAGAAGAAGAGCUUUAUCUGUUUUUGUACUCACCACAUCAUUCUCAGGCUUAAUACGGCAAUUGUCACUUGUCAAUUCUUCAACUUCUUGGUCCAAACCCACAGGGCAGAGUUUUGUAGAGCUUCCCAAUUCAGGUGGGGUCAAGGCCUUGGACCUUCGCUUUGGUGAUGGAGCAAUUCCUGCCGAUGGUGAUAAGGUUGCAAUUCAUUACUAUGGAAGGUUAGCAGCAAAACAAGGAUGGCGGUUUGAUUCUACAUAUGACCACAAAGAUGCCACAGGCGAACCAAUUCCUUUUGAGUUCAUCCUUGGUUCAGGAAAAGAAUUGCAAAUGGAAAAUGGAAAGGUCAUAUCUGGAAUUGAAUCAGCAGUCAGAUCAAUGAAAGUGGGAGGUAUUCGUCGUAUCAUUAUUCCACCAUCUGAAGGAUAUCAGAGCACAUCUCAAGAACCCAUUCCACCUAAUUUUUUUGAUAGGCAGAGGCUCUUUACUACUAUUUUCAAUCCAACUCGUCUUGCCAACGGAGAAGGUCAACAUUGGGGACCCUUAUAUUUGAUAUAGAGUUGGUCAGCUUAAGACAUUGAAUUUAGGUUGCCUGCAGCUACAAUUUUCAGCUGAAGCAGGAAGUGCAAAAGGAAUGAAUGCAGAUGGUGACUAUGUCACCUUCUAUCUACUGUGAUUGGUAUUACCAGUAAUAGCAAGCUAAAAAAUGUAUUCACAUUCUUACAUGAAGGAGUGAGCACAAAGAUCCUGUUUUUUUGCAUUAUCUUGAUACGACUUAACUGCUUUGGAACUGCCUGAUUUUCUUGUUUGAAUGGAAAUUUUCAUGCUAAAAGUAUGCAUGGCUGUCAAUUCUACAGCUACCAUGUUGCUAUUUAUGCUUUCAAUGGGACAACAAAAGCUUAAAGGGAGUUCUUCAAA